AGUUCACCCGUGAAAAAAAAAAAGCCCCAGAGAGAUGACGAAUCAGUCGGAGGCAGACACUUUCCCCGACCCCAAGGACGCGCAAGGGGGCAAACUCUCCCCUCCCGGUGGUGCGCACGGAGACGCCGACGCCCGUCACGGUCACACCCUCCAUGGAGCAAGAGCGGGAGACAACUUCUCUCCGUCCACGCAGCCUCCGCCGUCCGCCUCUGCAGGAGCCAUGUUCCCUUACCCGAGCCAGCACGCCGCCGCGCACGCCGCCGCCGCGCACGCCGCCGCCGCGCACGCCGCCUUCUCCAUCGGCAGCCCCGGCCGCUACGUGGCCCACCACCACCCGGUGCUCGCCAACGGAGCCUACAACGGCCUGCUGAGCAACUCGUCCGCCCAGGGCUACCCGCCGCCGGCGCCGCCGCCGCCGCCGCCCCCGCCGCCGGCCGCCGGCUACCCGUACGCGCAGCAGUACGGAGCCGCGUACCAGGGAGGCGCCUUCUACCAGUUCUCCUCGGCGCAGGCCGCCGGGCUGCAGGUGCCGGGCAAGGCGCAGGUGUACCUGUGCAACAGGGCCCUGUGGCUCAAGUUCCACAGACACCAGACGGAGAUGAUCAUCACUAAGCAGGGACGGAGAAUGUUCCCGUUUCUCAGCUUCAACAUUUCCGGCCUGGACCCAAUUGCGCACUACAACAUUUUUGUGGACGUUAUCCUGGCUGAUCCAAAUCACUGGAGGUUCCAAGGAGGCAAGUGGGUGCCCUGCGGAAAGGCAGACACCAAUGUCGUAGGAAAUCGAGUUUACAUGCACCCUGACUCGCCUAACACAGGUGCGCACUGGAUGCGUCAGGAGAUCUCUUUUGGCAAAUUAAAGCUCACAAACAAUAAAGGCGCAUCCAACAACACGGGACAGAUGGUGGUCCUGCAGUCUCUGCACCAAUACCAGCCCAGGCUGCACGUGGUGGAAGUCAACGAGGACGGCACGGAGGACAGCAGCCAGCCGGGAAGAGUGCAGACGUUCACCUUCACCGAAACGCAGUUCAUCGCCGUCACGGCCUACCAGAACACCGACAUUACUCAACUGAAAAUUGACCACAACCCAUUUGCAAAAGGAUUUCGGGACAACUAUGACACCGUGUACACAGGCUGCGACAUCGACCGUCUCACUCCGUCGCCGGGCGAGUCCCCCCGGCCCCGCUACGCCGUGCACAGCCCCUUCCUCCAGGAGCAGUUCGUCAGCUCUUACGCCAAAUCUCGCUUCCACCCCGGCGUGGCGGCGGCGGACCGCGGCGUGCCCCUCGGCAACAGCUUGCAGAGCGACGAGCCCCCGGUGGGCGGCCCCCCGCAGCGCUGGUUCGUCUCUCCUGCCAACAACCGACUGGACUUCGCCGAGGCCGCCGACUUCGCCGGUAACGCCGCCACCCUGCUGUCGUACGCCGCGGCCGGAGUCAAGGCGCUCCCCUGCUCCAACCGGGCCCUCGGCUACUACGCGGACCCUUCCGGCUGGGGGGGACGCACCCCUCCGCAGUACUGCGCCAAAGCCAGCUCCGGCGACUCGGUCCCCACGCAGAGGUCGCCCGUCGGCUCGGAGGAACCGGCCAAAGCCAAAGACAUGACCUCCGAGACCGGCUGGAUAGAGACGCCGUCGUCCAUCAAGUCCAUCGACUCCAGCGACUCGGGCAUCUUCGAGGCGAUCAAACGGAGGCGGAUGUCGCCCUCGUCCACCCCGGUGGCGGACGCUGUGUCCCCGCUAAAGUCGUCGGACCUCCUGAGGGAGGACAAGACCUGCUCCAAGGACAUUGGCUACUACAGCUUCUACCCUUCCACAGUGUUGAGUCCGUGGAGAGAAGUUCUCAAGAUCAACCAGCAGAUGGCGACAGAUGCUCAGAUGCUGCUGUUCCUUGGUAGCAUGGAGCACAAAAACAGAUAUCCUCCACCACCACCCACGACACCACACGACACUGCAGCAAUGGACACGCAGGACCAGGGAGUACACAUGGAGCCACUGCUACCCACAAGAAGUGAUGAUGAAGCUGUGGUGGACAGAGGAGGAACACGCUCGCAGCAAAGCACCAACUUCGAGCAGGAAGAUCUUGAAGGCCACAGGACUCUGUACAUCGGAGUUCACGUCCCUUUGGGCAGCACCAGACACCGCAGCCAUCGCAGGCACCGUCACCAUGGUAACAAACACAAACGGAGGAGCAGGGAGUGGGCCCUCCCAUUGCUGGAAGGGAGAGAGUCUCCCAUCUACGACACUCCCUCCCAGAGGGUUCAGUUCCUCCUUGGGACGGAAGAUGAGGAUGAGGAGCACAUUCCUCACGCUCUUUUCACAGAGAUGGAUGAGCUCUUCAUGAAGGAGGGCGAGGAUUCUGAGUGGCGGGAGAGCGCCAGGUGGCUGAAGUUUGAGGAGGACGUGGAGGACGGCGGAGAGCGCUGGAGUAAACCCUAUGUGGCCACGCUGUCGCUGCACAGCCUGUUCGAGCUGCGCAGCUGCAUCAUCAACGGCACCGUGCUGCUCGACAUGAGGGCCGGCGCCAUCGAGGAAAUUGCAGAUAUGGUGCUGGACCACCAGGAGCUGUACUCGCCACUGGGCGACGAGCUCCGAAAGAAAGUGCACGAAGCGCUGCUGAAGCGACACCAUCACCAGAACCAGAAGAAGCUGGCCAAUCGCCUGCCUAUCGUACGCUCGCUCGCUGACAUGGGUCGACGGACUUCAGACGUCCACCUGGACAAGAAUGGUCAGAUGACAUCGUCCCAGUCUCAUUUAGCAGGUCCAGAUGGGAAAGGGGAUGUCACCAGAGAAAACAGCUCUGUGGACUUGAGCAAGAUGGACCUUCAUUUCAUGAAGAAGAUCCCGCCGGGCGCUGAGGCGUGCAAUGUUUUAGUAGGAGAGUUGGACUUUCUCAACAAGCCCGUGGUGGCCUUUGUGCGUCUUUCACCCGCCGUUCUUCUCAGCGGGAUGGCUGAGGUUCCCAUCGCCACCAGGUUUCUGUUUAUUCUCUUGGGACCCGUUGGAAGAGGCCCUCAGUACCACGAGAUUGGACGGUCCAUAGCUACGCUCAUGACAGAUGAGGUUUUCCAUGAUGUAGCAUAUAAAGCUAAGGACCGAAAUGAUCUGAUUGCUGGGAUUGACGAAUUCCUCGAUCAAGUAACAGUCUUGCCACCAGGAGAGUGGGAUCCAUCCAUUAGAAUAGAACCGCCCAAAAAUGUACCUUCUCAAGAGAAGAGGAAGAAAAAUCUCCCAAAGGACUUAGCUGAGGCUAAUGAAGAGCAGCAUGAAGGCCAUGGAGGUCCUGAACUACAGCGCACGGGGAAAUGGUUUGGUGGUCUCGUUCUCGACAUCAAGCGUAAAGCCCCCCACUACCUGUCCGACUACAGUGACGCAUUCAGUUUGCAGUGCGUGGCCUCUUUCCUGUUCCUCUAUUGUGCCUGCAUGUCCCCUGUCAUCACCUUUGGAGGACUUCUGGGCGAGGCGACUGAAGGACGCAUAAGUGCGAUUGAGUCGCUGUUUGGGGCCUCGUUGACGGGAAUUGCCUAUUCCUUGCUUGCCGGGCAGCCACUCACCAUUCUGGGCAGCACGGGGCCAGUGCUUGUAUUUGAAAAGAUACUGUUCAAAUUUUGCAAGGAGUACGACCUGUCCUAUCUGUCCCUGAGGACCUGCAUCGGUCUGUGGACGGCUUUCCUGUGCAUCGUGCUGGUGGCUACAGACGCCAGUUCCUUGGUGUGUUACAUCACUCGAUUUACGGAGGAAGCCUUCGCCUCACUGAUCUGCAUCAUCUUCAUUUACGAGGCCUUGGAGAAACUGGUCUACAUGGGAGACUACUAUCCCUUUAACAAGAACAACAACCUGAACAAACUCAGCUUGUACUCAUGUUCAUGCGUUGAGCCUUCUGAUCCCACCAAUGGCACCCUGAAGUAUUGGGAAUUCAAUAACAUCACUGCGUCCGAGAUCUACUGGGAAGCGUUGGAGGUCAAGGACUGCUUUGAAAAGCGGGGCGAGUUUGUGGGCAGCGCCUGCGGUCCCGACGGACCUUACGUCCCCGACGUUCUCUUCUGGUGUGUCAUUCUCUUUUUCUCCACCGUCUUCAUGUCCUCGUUCCUCAAGGAGUUCAAGUUCAGAAGUUACUUCCCCACAAAGGUGAGGUCCAUCAUUAGUGAUUUUGCUGUUUUCAUCACCAUCUUCACCAUGGUCCUGGUUGACUACUCCUUAGGGAUCCCCUCUCCAAAACUGAAGGUUCCUAGUGUGUUUAAGCCAACCAGAGAUGAUCGAGGCUGGUUCAUCAACCCACUGGGGCCGAACCCCUGGUGGACCGUCGUCAUCACGCUGUUUCCAGCUCUGCUGUGCACCAUCCUCAUCUUCAUGGACCAGCAGAUCACAGCUGUCAUCAUCAACAGGAAGGAACACAAGCUUAAGAAAGGCUGCGGCUACCACCUGGAUCUGUUCAUGGUGGGCCUGAUGCUUGGCGUGUGCUCCCUGAUGGGCUUGCCGUGGUUCGUGGCGGCCACCGUCCUCUCCAUCACGCACGUCAACAGUCUGAAGCUGGAGUCGCAGUGCUCGGCGCCAGGCGAGCAGCCCAAGUUCCUGGGCAUCAGGGAGCAACGUUUCACCGGCCUCAUGAUCUUCGUGCUCAUGGGCUGCUCCGUCUUCAUGACGUCUGUGCUCAAGUUCAUUCCCAUGCCCGUCCUGUAUGGUGUAUUUCUCUAUAUGGGAGCAUCUUCCCUCCGAGGAAUACAGUUCUUUGACCGUCUCACACUGUUCGGCAUGCCAGCCAAGCACCAGCCAGAUUUCAUCUACCUGCGUCACGUACCCCUGAGGAAGGUCCAUCUGUUCACUUUCAUCCAGCUCAGCUGUUUGAUUCUUCUGUGGAUCAUCAAGACCUCCAAGGCCGCCAUCGUCUUCCCCAUGAUGGUGUUGGCUCUGGUGUUCAUCAGGAAGCUGAUGGACUGGAUCUUCACAAAGAGAGAGCUGAGCUGGUUGGACGACCUCAUGCCAGAGAGCAAGAAGAAGAAGCUGGAGGAUGCUGAGGGGGAGGAAGAACAGAGCAUCCUGGCCGAGGAAGAAGGCGUAGUGCAAGUGUCAAUGGAGGGAUGCAAAGGUUUACCCAUCAUCAACAUCACGGAUGAGAUGUCCAAAGGUUCUUUCGGAAACACUUGGAAUGCCACAAGCUAGGACAUUUGCAAAAACAUUUUAUGGUGAAGACAACAUUGGCAGUCCUCCCACACAACAUUAACCUGUGCCCUGAGGAACUGUGAAUUAUGGAACAGGACACCGGAAUGUGUUUGUCUCUGAGCUGUCUUAGUGUUUUUUUAUUUAUUUAUUUAUUUAUCCUUAGCCCUUUAUAUCAUCUCGUAAUCUGUGUAAGUGAAUCAGCAUAUGAAACCACGUGAGGAACUCUCAUUGUCUCAUGCUAAAAGCUUUGUUGAGGUCAAACUGACCUCAUUAAGAGAGCACUUUGUAUUUAUUUUGUAUUAUAGUUCUGUUGUUUGCUUAUAUCUGUUCGUCUUAGUUGUCGUCAGAGAUUUAUAAAAAAGGGAGAAAAGCCAUAAUGCAAUAUGAAAGUGAUGGCAACGGUUACUGUAUGUGCACACCAUAUCGUAACUUGUCAUACUUCUCAUACUUAUAUGCUUGUAUGAUAUUUGGUGUGGUGUAAUUUAUAUAUUUGAUCAAAACAUCUAAUAUUGUAAUCCUUAAAAGGUAAAUAAGAUAUUGUAAUAGUUCAAUGUUGAUAUACAGUAAGGCUUGUGUGUCAGAAAUGUGUAAUUUCAAUCAUUAAUCAUCAAUUAAUACAC